AUGCCAUUAACCAAUCUACUCCUUAUACUACUUUCUUUCCAAUCAUUGUGUUCAGCUGCUGUCAUCAAGAGAGAAGGCACAGCAUGGAAUUACUGGCGAGACAAAGCUUUUGGUGCCAACGUUGGCAACUGGCUCGUACUUGAACGAUGGAUAGCACCUCAGCUAUUCGAACAGCAUGCUCCAAACGCUAAUGAUGAAUGGACAUUCUGUCAACAAGCCACCAAUGCAUCGGAAAUUCUGAAAGAGCAUUGGAGAACCUGGAUUACUGAAGAUGAUUUCCGUACUCUGGCCAGUGUAGGCGCCAACCACAUCCGUAUACCCGUUGGAUACUGGGCUUUCAUAGCACCUAUCGAUGGCGAGCCCUAUGUGACAGAAGGACAAAAACCGGAGCUAGAACGUAUAUUAUCAUACUGUGGAAAGUACAACAUCAAUGCGCUCAUUGUGUUACAUGGUCUACCGGGAUCACAGAAUGGUGAACAGCACUCUGGACAUGCUGGAGCCAUCGAAUUCUACCAGCGUGACCACUAUUCGAGAAGCUUGACCGCCGUUCAAGCAGCUGUGGAUUGGAUGAAUAGUCUCCCAUACGAUCUCAAGUCUCGAAUCUCGGGCAUAGAACCCGUAAACGAACCUCAAGUUAGAGAUGAUCGAGAAUUCCGUCUACUAUCCUAUUAUUACAGGAAGUCCUAUGAUAUCAUCCACCAGUCAGCAUACCAAGUGCCAAUGAUCUUCAGCGAUGGAUGGAGACCGAUUGACCAAUGGCGCUUGAAUGCUUGGUCUGGUUUCCUUCCUGCCCCUGCCAACGCUGUUAUCGAUUUGCAUCCAUACUGGGCUUUCCCACCCAGCACCGACAGCAGUACUAUCAUCUCCCAGAUUUGCGCUAUGGGUAGCCCGGAUAGUGGUUUCCAUCUUCCCGUUAUGAUCGGCGAGUGGUCACUUGCUUCUGGUGUCUCGUCCAGUGACACUUGGUUGCGCCAGUUCAUGGAUACGCAGGUCUCUGUUUGGAAGCAAAGCGCAGGUGGUACUUUCUGGGCUUUGAAGAACAACAUUAACUCAGAUGUUUGGUCAUUCGAGCAGCUCAUCUCUGAAGGAUACAUCAAUAGCGGUACCUUCUCCGCACAUACCAAUGCUCAAUGUUAA